UCCCGGGUGCACGCGACCGUCGCCGGGACUUCGCGGAGCAACAAGUGUUACCAGCGCGCUGCCUUCGCCCCGCCCCCAAAACGAGAGCCGGCCGAGCCGGAGUGAACGAUGUCGGGGCCUCGUGGUGGAAACUGCCCCGAGGCGAUGCAACCACCUCACUCGAGCGCCGAUCGCGCGACAAGCGACCCGCCGAAACCCCGAGAGCGCUUCAGCUCGGCGCGAGUCACCGCGAGUAAAUGCGAACGCGAGCCGCCGUCGUCUGCGGGCCCGGCGAGCGGAGAUACCGGAGUUCACGGUGUCGUUGUGUGAAACUGUUCGGACGCUUCGGAAGAGGGGCCGAGAGGUGCGAAGUCGUCGCCGACUCGCGAGAGACCUGGACCGGACGGUUCCGGGUGUCGAGUUAACGGUUCCUUAACGAUCCGACGAACGGAUCUGCCGAGAGACUCCGCGAACGCUUCCGGCUCUGGUGAUCUGUCACCGGUCGAUCUCACGGCGCGAUGACACCUGGACGUCGUCCCUUCCGGAGGACCCACGACGAACGGUAAACUGUAAUGACGCGAGAAUCCGUUUAAACGUCAGUGAUAUCUGUUUACCGAGACACGUGUUGUUCAGCUGAGCGAAUCGGGGGUUCGCUGGCUCAGGGCAGGAAAACGGAGAUCGCCCAAGUGCGACGAUCUACGGGGAAGGAUAAGAGGAAAACUGUCCAUUUUACGGGAUACGCGGGGACCAGGCGCGAGGCUCCGAGACGGACAAAGAGGAGCGGCCGCAGAUAAGGAGCGGCUGGAGUUCGGCGAACUGCGGCGAGCGAAAAGGCCGACCGACGCGGAGAUAGGAGAGGAACGCUGCGGAGUCACGCGUGCGCGUCGCGAGAUACUCGCGAGCGAAAUUGAUUACGUACGUGACACAGACUCGAUCGGAACGGCCGGAAAAGUCCGCGAGGGGAGGAGGAUAGGAUCGAGAGCGAGCGGAGAGAAAUCGGCCGGCAGCUGGGCGAAACUUUAUCGUCGGGGGCCGCGCGGGGCGAAUUGCGGGGAAACGGAAGAGACGCUCUCGCGCCGCGAUGAUAAGACGAUAACAAAAAGCGGCGGCGAUAACCGGCGGCGAUGACAAAUUGAUCGAUCGCGGGGCCGAGAGAGACGAUGAUGAGACGCGCCUUCCGCGUGUCGCGCGCGCGAUAAAUCGCCAGGGGUGAUACGCGGCGUCCUCUUCGACGCCCCUCGACGGCCUCUGCUCGUUUGCCCGCGCGAACGUACGGCGACGCAGGGGGAUGAAGAUGAACGACGUCAAGCCGGAGUGCAGCGGCGCUCAGCCGAUUUCGCCGGCGGGCGGGACUAACAACAACAACAACAACAACAGCAUCAACGGCAGCGGCAAGGCGUCGGCGACGGCCGUCGCCGCUGCGGCCGCCGCGGCGACGGUGGCCGCCAACGGUGGCGAGGGCAUCAGCGCCGCGGUCGCCAAGGUGCUCCAAGGAUACGACUGGACCCUGGUACCCGUCGCCACCAAGGGCUCCGGCGACAAAAGGGCGGCCCACGUCAAGAGGCCCAUGAACGCGUUUAUGGUGUGGGCCCAGGCUGCGAGGCGAAAACUGGCCGAUCAGUACCCUCAGCUUCACAACGCCGAGUUGUCGAAAACACUGGGAAAGUUAUGGCGGCUCCUGUCCGACAACGACAAGAAACCCUUCAUCGAGGAGGCCGACCGUCUGCGCGUUAUCCACAAGCGCGAGCACCCCGAUUACAAGUAUCAGCCCCGACGUCGGAAGCAGAACGGACCGUCUUCCGGCCGCGAGAGUUCGCCCACGAGGAGCCAGAGCAACGUGACGUUCAGCGUUACCAGGUCGUUGAAGCAGGAGGACAUGAGUCCCAGAGGCGUUCAAGGACCCAAUUCGCCGCAGAGUGGCGUGAGCUCUUCGCCACCCACGACACCCGGUCACGGCCUUUCACCGCCAACACCCCCUACGACGCCCAGGGGACAACACUACAUCAAUCAGACGCUUGAUCUGCAGAGCAACCAGCUUCCGCAGAACAACACGGUGUACUACCAGGAGUUGGUUGGCGGCACGCCGUCGAGCGAGUCCCCGCAUCAGCAACCGGCGGUCGAUCUUCGUUACAUCGAGGUCGGAGAUGGCCUCCCCGGCGAGGAGAACCAGUUGAACGGCCUCGGCACUUUGGGCGGGCUCGGCCUGAAUCUCCCGGUGAACUUCCAGGAGUGCGAGGUCGAGAGCAACGAGCUCGACCAAUACUUACCGCCCCAGACCGCGCCGAUACAUCAGUACCCACCCGUGCAAGUCACCACCGCCUCGCAAUGGUUACUCAACAGAUAUGAGGAGGAGAUCGAGAGACCGAUCAAGCGCCACUGCUCGGAGCAGGCGAUCGCGGAGGUGUCAUGGGAGGACAGGACACAGGAGAUGGUCAGGUACCACGAGCUCCAGCCUCCCCUUCCGCCGGUCCAGUACAUAUCCGCCCAUAACGCGCACCAUUCGCACGCGAGUACGCAGAUGGGCCAUCCGCACGUGUCCACGCCCUACGCGCAAUACGCACAUCGCUACGUGCCCGGCAUCGAGACGUGGCCGAAUUACAUGUAGACCAAA